UUACCUUGUCGGGCUCUCAGGGCCAGUACGCGUCUGACCACGCCGCUGAGAGCAUCCUCCUGUUACACGCACAGUCUCGUCAGACUAGACGCCAGUUUUCCACGAUACCUAAUUGCCCAAGAUGCCGAAUUGUCCAAAGUGCGACAAGCCUGUGUACUUCGCCGAGAGGAAGACAUCCUUAGGCAAAGAUUGGCACGGUUCGUGUUUACGCUGCGAGAAAUGCAAUAAGACCUUAACACCCGGGGGUCAUGCCGAGCACGAAGGGAAACCCUACUGCAAUCACCCUUGCUAUUCAGCCCUAUUCGGUCCAGGAGGUUUUGGACGUGGCGGUGCUGAAAGUUAUGUUUAUAAUAAAUGAAGCAUAAAUGUAAAAGCCGCAACGUCUACUUCAAUUAAGAUAAUUGUACAAUUUGACUACAAGGAGCAGUUGGACACUGAAAUAUAAAGUAACGAUCUUGGUUAUUUAUGUAUACGUAAAUGUCUCUAUUUUAUACAAGAUAUAUCAGGAAUGUGUAUGUUAUUGAAUAUAUAGUAAUGAUAAUUAUAUAAAACAAAUAAUUCUAUUUUA